AUUUUAAAUAUCGUUGUUUAACAUGCGGUAAAAAAACCAAAAUAUUGUUUUUAAUGCAGUUCCGUGCGCUCCACCGUAUUGCUAACAAGUUUUUGUUUAUAAAUAAAAGCGCUACAGCGCUCCACACCCGCAGCAUGGCCUGCAGUAGAUACGAAUAUGUUAAAUCGUACGAACAAGAUGAUAAAAUAUUACCAAAUGUUUGGAUUGUGAUACGCAUCGAUGGCAAAAAAUUUCACAAAUUCGCCAACGCGCACAAAUUUGAAAAGCCCAACGACGAAAAUGCGUUGAAUGUGAUGAAUGCGGCUGGCAUUGCUGUUAUGGAGGAGUUUCGGGAUAUUGUUCUCGGCUAUGGCCAGAGCGAUGAGUAUUCAUUCGUCUUUCGCAAGGAUACGUCAGCAUUUAAGCGACGCGCUGCCAAGCUGCUUAGCUAUGUGACGAGCAUGUUUACCAGCAGCUAUGUGCUGAGUUGGUCGCAAUGGAUGCAGCAACCUCUGAACUAUGCGCCCUGCUUUGAUGGCCGUGUUGUGCUCUAUCCCUCGGAUGAGAAUCUGCGCGAUUAUUUGAGCUGGCGACAAGCGGAUGUUCAUGUGAACAAUCUGUAUAAUACUGCGUUUUGGAAGCUUGUAUUAGAGUCGGGUCUAACUAAUCAACAGGCCGAGGAGCGGUUACGCGGCACAUUCUCUGCCGAUAAAAAUGAGUUGCUCUUCCAGGAGUUUGGCAUCAAUUACAACACUUUGCCUGCGAUGUAUAGAAAGGGCACGAUAUUGUUGCGCAAGCGUGUGGUGCUGCCCACGCAGGACGAGCAGGACAAGGGCAGGCAGGCAAUAGUGCCCAUACAUGAGGAUUUAAUUGGCAAUGAGUUCUGGAAGCAGCAUACCGAGAUUCUAGGCAAAUAUGUGCCAGGCAAACAUGUUCUAAACAGUUUAAAUGGACAGCUUGAAAAGCAGCUAGCAAAACAGCUGGAGAAGCAGGCAACAAUAGCGGGGAUUUGACUUAUGACAAUAGUUUAAUUACAAUUAUUAAAAAUUACAUUAAGCGCAAA